AUGGCACAAAUAAUUAAUGUAAAAGAUAGUCAAUGUAAAGCAGAAUCGAUUGAUAAUUCUGAUCUAGAAUGUUGUAAGAAUUGCGGACAUCUGUGUGAUCCAUACAAUAAACCCGCAUUACGCUGUAAUGAAUGUUCAAAAAAGAUUCAUAUUGAAUGUUUAAAACGAGGAAGUGUUCCAGUAUCUUUUGUAGGAGAUGUAUUUUUUGAUUUGACUUGUCCUCACUGUAGUUCUUUUGGUGAAGAAAUAGUAGCACGUAAUAGAAUGCCUUGGCUUAAUGUGAUUGUACUGACAUUGUAUAAUUUACGUGAAAAAUCCAGUGGUAUCAGUAAAAGAGGCUACUUUCAUUGGAAAUCUGAUAUUAGUACUUUUGUUGACCGUAAUUGGGAUUACUUAUUUAAAAAGACAGUUAAAAGAAAAAAGAAUUGGAUUGGCACAAUAUCUGGAACUCUUUCUCAUUAUAGUGGAAUAUUUUUUAAAUCAGGAACAACAGAAUUAGGAGAAUCUGGAUGGUGGAGAUUGAUGGACAAUGAUCCACCUGAAGUUCUUAUUGCUAAAAAUGAAAAAAUGAUAUUGGAUCGUAAAAAACAAGUUGGCAAUCAAGUGAAAUCAGUGACAAAAUUACAUGAUAGUCCAACUCCAUCAGAAUCAAGCAUUUCAGUUGGAGAAGACAAUAGUUUUGGAAGUGGACCAGUGAAGACUCAAGAAUGCUCUGCAUAUUCACAAGCAUAUAUUCAACCUGACAAAACAUUAUUAGAUUUUUUACUUGAAGAGGAUGAAUUAAACAACAUGGAAAUUGAAGAUGAUAUGAUUUCUAAUGAGCAAAGUGACACACCAUCUUUGUCUGAUUUAAUAAGAGAUUGCCAAUAUCAGACAAAUAAUUUCCAUUUUUCACAAUUAUUGGAUGACUUCACAUCUGAGUGGACAUCAACUACAGAUGCUGUAUCUGAAAAUCUUAGUAGUAUUAAAACAGAUCAAAUAAAGGAGGAUGAAGAUGAACAAUAUGAUGAAGACAGCAGUGACAGUCUAAGUUCUGUCCAAGAACAACCACCUCUUUCUUUGUUUAAAACAGUACAACGACGACCGUGGCCAUGGCAAAGAAAUAUUAUUGAAGAGAAAAUUCCGCGCAUGACACAUCAAGAAGAAGUGUAUUUAUUACAACAAGUUAAUAAGUCAGUUCUUAAUUCUGCACCUUCAGAGAUCAGACGAUUUUAUCGAAAACUAACUGUACGAAAGUUGAAACGAGAAUACGGUUUACCUAUACUGGACAUCGAUAAUUUUGGAUGUAAAACGGAAAUACUCGACAAACCUUUAAAAGACUCUGGCAGAGUCUUGGAUCGAUUUUUUGGUGAUGAUUUAGGUCCAUUUGAACAAAGACUGCAAGGAUACAAUGAACCCACGUCUGUACAUAGUCCAUACACGAAUAGACUCUUAAAACCAUUUAUAAGAAGAGACACUUCAUGCCGUCCUUUAUGGUUAAAAGUAAUGGAAGAGCUUCGCACUAAAGUUAAUAAACCCAAUCCUAAAUGGAAAUCACCACUAACAGCACCGAUUGAUUAUUCUUACGUGAGGCCGCAACACAUUCCUGCGAUUAAUAGUCUAUGUAGUCAAUUUUUUUGGCCUGGCAUCGAUUUAACGGAGUGUUUACAGUACCCCGACUUCAGCUGCGUGGUUUUGUACAAAAAGCUAGUCAUUGGAUUUGCAAUUUUAGUUCCUGAUGUUGGUUACAAUGAAGCUUACAUAUCAUUCUUUUUAACCCGUCCCGAGUGGCGUAGAUCUGGCAUAGGAACAUUUAUGCUUUAUCACCUAAUUCAAACGUGUAUGGGCAAAGAUGUCACGCUACAUGUUUCAGCUACCAAUCCUGCAUUAAUUUUAUACCAGAAAUUUGGUUUUAAGGUAGAAGAAUUUAUUCAAGACUUUUACGAUAAAUACAUGCCUUCAAAUUCACGAGAAUGUAGACAUGCGUUGUUCUUACGUUUAAGUAGAUAA